GCUUGAAUAAGUGAGAUGUGUGAAGUGGUAACUGAUGACGCAGUAUCUCUGCAGCGUGUGAUUGGUCAGUGUAAUGACACUGAGUGUGUGAGUACACAGCACACUGACUUCUCUCAUCUCACUCACUUCCUUCAGUCAGAGAUGAUGGCAAAGCUGUGGAUCUGUCUCCUGCUGGAGUUAUGCUCCAUGUUGGACACAAUAAAUGGAUAUUACAAUGAGAGGAGAUCUCAGUGCUUAUACAGCUCCAGAGAUUUAAGUGAUAUGGUUUACAUAGAUUCUUACAUUUUUAACAAGGUUGAGUACAUCUGGUUUAACAGUACAGUGGGGAAGUUUCAGGGCUACACUCGGCAUGGCAUUUAUAAUGCAGAGAGAUUUAACAAUGACACAGACUUAUUGCAAAGAGAGCGAGCUGAUGUGGAUACCUGUAAGCACAAUGCACAGAUCUACUACACAGCUAUAAUUGAUAAGACAGUUGAGCCCCAGGUUGAAGUGAAGUCAGUGAAGCAGUCACACGGCUCCCAGCCUGCUGUGUUGAUGUGCAGCGCUUACAGCUUUUACCCAAAGUUCAUUAAAGUGACCUGGAUGAGGAACGGUAAGGAGGUUGAAGGAGAUCAGACGUCCACUGAGGAGAUGGCUAAUGGAGACUGGUACUAUCAGAUCCACUCACAUCUGGAGUACAUGCCCAAAUCUGGAGAGCAGAUCUCCUGUGUGGUGGAACACGCCAGCUUCAAACAACCCAUGGAAUAUAAGUGGGACCCCUCGGCUUCUGCACCUGAUAAGAGUAAGAUUGCUAUCGGGGCUUCAGGGCUGGUGUUGGGGAUCGUGCUUUCAGCUGCUGGAUUCAUCUACUACAAGAAGAAAGCUUCAGGACGGAUCCUGGUCCCGACAUAAACUCAGGUCUUUGAGCAGAGAAACACUGGAGGGUUUGCUGAAGUGGCUUUAUCUGUUAAACAUCUGCUUUAUUCCUAACAGUUAGCACUUACUGAGAAAUGAGACAUUAAUAUGUGCAUCUGCAUCUGAAUUAUCCUUUACCUUCAUGUAAGACCAGCUUUAUGUAGGAUUUUGAUGAAACUGAUGUUGAAUAGCUUAAUUAUAGGCUUUAUAAUAGUUCUUGAGUAGAAAUCUGACAAACUGAGCUUAGAUACUACAUCCAGCUUUCAAAAAAUGUACAAAUGAAGGGCUUAUAAAGCAUCUGAAAGUUGUUAAAGAAUGAAUUAUUUUCAUUAUUAAAUCAUUAGCGCCCCCUACAGUCUGCUUUAACCUGGAUCACUUUCUCAGUUUUAAUGAUGCUGUUUAUCAUUUCAUACUAACUAUCUGUAAAUUUCUGUUUUUUUAUCAUCAGUCACUAAAAUUUAAUUUUAAUUGUAAGAACUGGAUUUAUUUUUGAUUCUGUAUGUAUGCUGACUCUUAAACUUUUGGUUGUAAAAGAAAUUGAUGUAAAAAUAGACAUAAAAUCUUUAUAUAAAUAUAAUUAGACAGAUUUAUAACACUUUGUAUCAGUUAGCUGAUGAAAUAAACACAGUUCUUAUUAGUAAACUUUUAAUCCUGCUGUAUUUCUGAGGAGUAAUUACUUUUAGAUUAUGGAUUAUGAACUUAUUUCAAGCUUAAGUGGAGAAUUUGAGUUUGGGGUGGGGAACUUCAUUUCCACUGGAAAAAAAAGAAGCAAUGCAUAAAUAAUAAUAAAAUGAUUUUAAAAAUGAAAAUUUAAGUGUGAUGAAUAAUUUUGACUUUAUACGUCGGUGCUUUUAUUCAGGAGAGUCAAUUAGUUUAUUCUAAAAUAUUUCAUUUAGCUUAGACAACAUUUUUGACCUACAAAACCAGAAAGUACACACAGUGAUUUGAUUUACUUUCUCUCUUGUAUAACAGCAUGUUUAUUAUUUUGUUGGAAACUUUUAUCAAAGUAAUCUAUGAGUGAGGAAUAAUAUAAAUGAAGCACAGCUGAGGGUUAAGUGUCAUAUUUACAGGCCCAACUGUGACGUCCUGAAGAAAUCCUCAGCUCCUUACUAAGGUGAAGAUCAGACAUUGAUGUGCUAAAAUCAAAAAUAAAUAAUCAUGCUAAUUUGGUAACAGUGCUCAGUAAUCUUUUUUUUUUUUUUUUUUUAAACAAAUCUAAUAAUGCCUAAUAAAGCUCUAAUAUGUACUAUCAUUUUUUCUUAAUGAUUAAACUUGACUAAACAAUGA